UUUGUUUCUCAGGGAAUAAGUCUCAGUCUGAAGACUGAGUGUGGUGGUCUGCUCUGCUCGGUCCAGCUGUGAAAUCAGUGGUUGUAUUUCAAUGGUCUGGGGGAUGUGAGGAAGAACAGAUUCAAACUGCAGUGAAAGGCUGAAAUCGGACACCUGAUGGUUCUCCUUUCAGACUCCUCGCCCUUUCUCCUCCCCUCACGUUCCCCUCUGACAAAACGUUGCGAAAUUCCUCAAGUUUUUAGCUCGUCCUCAAGAUUUUCGUGGCAUCUAAGUUAGCUCAGUACUAACGGAGCCGUUUGACAUAAACAUUAAGGUUUUGUGGCUAAGCUGUGUGAAAUCUGAGGAGGUAUAAGGGGGGAAAACCGAAACGUGGGCUGAGAAAAAGUGUGAAAACAACGAAGGAAGACUCGGAGGGCGCCUAACGGGACGAAGAGCAGGAGAAUAACUUUUGGAAAACUAUGGGAACAUAGGCUGGAUUUAUCGACCAAUUUGACAGCACAGAGAUCACAACUGCUGCAGUAAAGUUCCUCCUGCUGUCUCAGUGUUGCAGGACCAAUGGAUGGAGAGAAGGAGAGAGAGAGGGAGAGAGGAGAAGAGAAAGAGAGUGAUGAGACGGAGGAGGAUGCUGAGGGAGCAGCCCUGGUGUGGCAGGAAGGCUACCCAGAAGAUGACCUGGACUUACCCAUCAUGCACUGGGAAGCCCUGAGCUUGCGAAUUGCAGAACUUGAGAGACAAGAGGAGGAGCGAAAAGAGAGGAACAAGGAUCUAGCCAGGUGGACAGAAGGUUGGCCAGAGUUACAUGACCUUAGACACAGGGACCCCUGUGAGGAUAUGGAGGACAGUCGUCUGACUGCCUUAACAUCACGACUCCAGAGUCAUAUGAAUCUUCAGCUGUGCUUCAUCAACAACAGCGAGAGCGAGGACGAGGAAGAUGAGGCAAAAAAAGAGUUGGUGAAGCAGUGUGGGAAGAGUAGCAGUGGGCAGGUCCAACAGCCUCAGCAGGGUUCCAGCACUGUGACCCGCAGUAAAGCCAAAUCAGGAGGGUUCAAGAAAGAGGUCAGGGCUGCUCUCAACAUGCUUAGAGACAAGCUGAGGUUGGAACAAAAACAGACCAUACCCCCCAGUGAUGCAGUCAAACAGAGAACACGCUAUAAACGCAGUGACUUGCAGAAUUUCAGCCUGAAGGAGCUGAAUGCCCUGAAGACCACACUAAGCAAAGACAUUCACAACCUCAGCUCAGAGUUAGUGGGACGGCUUCUUACAAGGGACCAGCUGAGGACCGAGCAGGAUGCCAUGUUACUGGAGAUACAGGAUAUGACAUCUCUGUGAUGUCAGGCAGAAGAGGGCACUUACUUCAAGGGAUGAAAGUGAUGCUGCCACCAUGAACCUACAGACCUGGGAGAUCUGCCUGGAAGAAUGAAACUGUACUGUGAAAAGCUUCACCACUCCAAAAGACUGUUUCUAUUGCACAGAUUUGCGGUCAUUUUAGUUGUGUUGUUAUGUUGCUGUUGUUUUCUUAUUUUGCUUUUUUUAAGGGUGUUUUAAGGCAUUGAUAAGCUGCUAUUGCUGCCUAUGGAGCAACCUCUUUCCAAAAUCCAAUUGUUUUUGACAAAUCAUUCUUUUUAUUAUUUUUAUUCCAGUUCAUUUACAUGUACAUCACAUUUGCAGCAUUUCAAUGAUGUAUUGUAUGUUUGAUUUGAUAGUCAAUAGUUUACAGUCACACACAGACACUUGAGGAGCAAACAGAUAAAGCAAUUAACUCCAGAAGGGUUGACAUAUGUUACAGUAUAUUCUGCACCUGCGCUCAGUGCGGAUGAAAAUUGUGUAACAGUGGGAUGAUGAGAAGUGGGAGAAGAAAUUUGCAUGAAGUCUCACAUGCUAAGAUAUGGGUCUUUAACACUACCUAUAAUAAUUAAAUGGCAUUGCUAUACAUA